AUGCUGAUGAUGCUCGCCCUUGCCGGGCGCCUCAGGCCCAGCAAGGGGCCAACUGAUGCUGAUGAUUCUUGCCCUGCCGGGCGCCUCAGUCCCAGCAAGGGGCCAACUGAUGCUGAUGAUGCUCGCCCUUGCCGGGCGCCUCAGGCCCCCUUGCAACUGAUGCUGAUCGCCCUUGCCGGGCUCAGGCCCAGCAAGGUGCCAACUGCUCGCCUUGUUGGGUCCCUCAGGCCCAGCAAGGGGCCAACUGAUGCUGAUGAUGCGCGCCUGUUCAGUCUGAUGCUGAUGGUGCUAGGCGAGCCAGUUGCGCCCGACAAGGCAAGCUUUAUCGGCCUUUGCUGA